AUGACAAAAAGAGCAGCCAAAAACAAGAAUAAGAGUACGGUGCCAGACAUCGGCCAAGAAGAUAAAAAUCAACCCAAUAGUACUAGUAAAACAAAAAGAAAAAAGACAGAAACAGAAGAAACGAGCAAUAAUGAAAAUACAGAAAUCAUUGAUCCUUCUGAAGAUAGCUUCAGCGAGAUAUUGGUAUCAACAACUAACAUAAAAGAAGAAGGAAUGCUCCAGCUCAUAGGACUAAAGAGAUCAUCAAAGUCAAACAAAGUGUUAUUUCUUUUGAAGAGUGCAGGAUACAUCAAAAACAACAUAUAUAUCAAACCACCACAGGAGAUAACUCAACAAAUAAUAGAAUAUAUAGGAGUCAAUAGCUUUCAAAAUAACCAAAACAUAUCAGCAUCAGCAAACAGCUCACUAUGUUCAGAUCAGAACGGAGAAGGAAAAACAAAUUACAGCAAAUUCAAUAACGAGUUACAGUCAUUGGAGUUAUUUGCGGUUUAUAGGAAACUAUACUAUUUUUUUCCGAUACAAAUAGACUGGCAAGAUUUGUCUUAUCUACACAGUAUUGGAAAUAUUAUGUGCACUGCUAAUAACAGUAAUGAUAAGAUCAAAUUUGACCAGUUUAUAGAUACAUUCUAUCGAUCCUCUAUAAUAACGUCAGACUCCGGAUAUACCCUCAAAGACACAUUGACGCCCACAUCCGAUUUAAGGGUACUACGAGAGUUCUUUCACCCAGGAACAUUUAGGCAGAUCAUAUUAUUGCUACUAUACCAGAAGCUCACUUUAUUUGAAGUAUUGGAUAUGGAACAUCAAGACAUACAUCCUCAGAAUCUCACAAUCAAUCUCAAGAGGCGCACGACUCAAGUAUUUUCAAUUGUCUAUAAGCUUCAAGUAUAUACAUUUGUACUCCACAAUGCACCAACUGUUACGAUGAUUGAUUGGGAACUUUUUAGCAAGACAUAUAGCAAGCAAGGUACACGAAGUGGAAAUCUGAAAGACUCUAACUCAACCUCAUUAUGCUCAACAUUUGGUGGCAAGAUGGCGCAGAUUAAGCAAACAAUUAAAGAUGCAUUGGAAUAUCUCAAUACUCAAACGAACGGGGAGUAUGAACCACAGAUGGAUUGGUUCAAAGAAAUGUUUUUUUAUGACAGAUCUCUUGAUCCAUUCGUAAGAGGCAAUGCUCGUGGUAAUUUUCAGUUUCCUGGAUUUAUUUUUCAUGAUAUAUCUCCAUGCUCAUAUCACGAAUCACUUUCUCAUAUAUGUGGAACCAAUGGCACAGAAACAUUGAUUUCAAUGGGUGGAUAUAGACGUAUAUCUGAUCCAUCUAUGUACUAUUUCAGAUCAUUCAUUCCUCCCACAUCUACAAAUCACACAAAACAGUCCGAUAUUGACCUCUCGCCGAUUAAGCCAUUGAAUAAGAAACCAAUUGAAACGUGUGAAGGUUUGGAGUUGGAUAUGGGAACAAAUGGAGACGAGAACGAGAUAGAAGAACACAUCAGUAAAGAGGGAGAAGGAUGUAUGAUACAUACUUGGGAAGAUGUAUCAUUCGAUAACAAACCAAUUUUAGAUCUUGUUUGUCUAAAUGAGGAUAUGAACGAUAAAAAUAAUCCAUAUCCAACUUGGCUCCAACCCAAAUACGUUUCAAAUACCAAGCUAAAACUGAAUAAGGACGCAGUAGAUCACAUCGUAAAAUCAGUUGCUGUGGAUAAAGGCAAAAGAUACAGUCAGAUUUUGCAAGAAAUGAAAAGUCAUGGAACUAUGAUAGACUCUACCACAAUUAAUCCAGCAACAUUCGAAAGAGAUCUAUUGGGAUUUAUUUAUGAUGACCUAGGAAGCGGUCGGCUAUUUACAAAGGAGUUGGUUGGUGGACGCAUUGGGCUAUUUUGUACAAGCGACAUCCUCGAAAAUACUAUUAUUACCCAAUACUAUAAUCAGUUCAAUAUUAGAGCCAACGAAAGUAUUCAUCCUUUGGAUUGCAUUGUUAAGCUUCUUGAAACAGUCUAUCCGGGCCAUAAUGUCGAUGACUUUGUCCCCCUACCGAUGCCGCACAUGGGUGUCGGUAAUGUAGCUAGAAAGGAUGCCAAACAAUCAAAUUGCAGAAUUAUCAAAGUAUAUUUUGAUGUUCAAAAGACCAAAAUGGCAAAUUUUAUUAGAGCUAUUACAAUUACAAAAUAUUCAAACAUAUUUUACCAGUUAUCAACUCUAUAUGAUAAUACAAUAACAACCAGAGAUGCCAGACGAAGUAUUUAUCCACACAUAUAUGAUAAGAGAUUUUCCACCUAUCAACAUAAGCAUUAUCAUAUUUAUAGUUAUGUUGAACAAAUAAAAGAUCAAAUAAAAGUAAAAGAAAACGAAGCUCAAGAUUCAAGUGCAAAAGAUGAUUUUACUAAUAGCUAUCAAUUAAUAGCUUAUGCAUUGAUGGACGAUCUUGUCAGAAGAGAUAAUGGUACAGCUUUUUUCUCGAUUGAUAAUAGCGUACCAGAAGGUGAUAAUUUAAUUGAAAACAUUGCAAAGGCUGUUUCGCUUGGUAUUCAAGCAUAUAAAAUCAGUUCUUAUAUCAAUAAGUGGGCCGAUGCUAACAAAUUAGAUAAACGCUAUUACGUCACCUACGAUAAAUCAGGUUUUUCACUUAUGGAAAAAUAA